AUGAGCCUAGGGUACAACAUCGCGUCUGGUCAGAAUGCCACAAUGAAAAUUGCGUCUGGUCAGGAUGCCACAUUGACAAUCGCGUCUGGUCAGAAUGCCACAAUGAAAAUUGCGUCUGGUCAGGAUGCCACAUUGACAAUCGCGUCUGGUCAGAAUGCCACAAUGAAAAUCGCGUCUGGUCAGAAUGCCACAAUGAAAAUCGCGUCUGGUCAGAAUGCCACAAUGAAACUCGCGUCUGGUCAGAAUGCCAUAAUGAAAAUCGCGUCUGGUCAGAAUGCCAAAAUGAAAAUCGUGUCUGGUCAGAAUGCCACAAUGAAAAUCGCGUCUGGUCAGAAUGCCAAAAUGAAAAUCGCGUCUGGUCAGAAUGCCAUAAUGAAAAUCGCGUCUGGUCAGAAUGCCAAAAUGAAAAUCGCGUCUGGUCAGAAUGCCACAAUGAAAAUCGCGUCUGGUCAGAAUGCCACAAUGAAAACUGAUUUAUUGAGCUACCAAGCGUUUUACAAGGAAAUAAAUGUGUCCGUCUAG